AUGGUCUCAGAUGACUUGAGAGAUGAGCUUGAUGCCAUAGAGGCAAUUUAUCCCGAGUGUCUUGUCAGAAUGAACGACAAUUUAAUAGAUCUUAAGAUACCUCAACAUGAAGAGUUUAUCGCCAGAAUAUCAUUUCCUGAAUCAUAUCCACAAACGGACCCUCCUCAUAUUUUACAAGUGCGGUCUAAUGGUCACGAUGACCAAUACUUGGAGACUUUAUUCAAUGAGGUGCUUGAUUCAAUCUUUGUUGAGGGAAACGUUUGCAUUUUUGAUUUUUGUACAGAGUUAGAAGGUAUUCUAUAUAUUGAAGAAGAACCAGAAACAUCAGGAAAUGUUGAUGAAGUUGAAGAGGUUCAUAUUGAUUCGCUGGAGGGAUGGACUAUAUCAGAUCCAAUCACUGAUAGAGGCUCAACAUUUAUUGGUUUUGUACGGAAAGUUGAAUCAGAACAUGAAGCUAAUGAAAAAUUAGCGUUAUUAAAGAUGGAUAAGAAGGUUUCAAAGGCAAAUCAUAAUAUGGUCGCAUAUAGAAUCCAAAACUCAGAUAAUACAAGGGUACAAGAUUACGAUGAUGAUGGUGAAACUGCAGCUGGUGGUCGUUUAUUACAUUUAUUAACCGUUAUGGAUGUUUGGAAUGUUAUUGUUGUCGUAAGUAGAUGGUUUGGUGGUACUCAUAUAGGUCCUGAUAGAUUUAAACAUAUAAAUAAGAGUGCAUCAGAAAGUAUUGUGAAGGCUGGUUUGGUUGAUGAUUCUAAAAGAUCUAAAAAGAAGAGAAAAUAA